AUGUUCAUCUUUAUCAAACAUGGAGAUGAUCAGCAGUUUCUGGCCAAUAUUAAUUGUUCUGUCUUCCUGUUGCUGCAUUAUGCCCGCCGUAAAUUGGGGCUGCCGAAAAAAGACACCAUCGAUUUGUGUGAUGAAACGGGGACCAUGAAGUUGCUUUUCCUGAUGAAGACCCUUGAAGAAUAUGCCAACAAAUUCCUUACAGCUCGAAGCACCUACUACGUUUGUAGGGUGGAGUUUGGGCCACCAGGAACUCGAUUUGAGAAUAUCUACCGAGCUUUUGUGCCCCUCCUGAAGAAUCCAGAACCUGAGCUAAUUGAUGCCUUGCGUACACAAUGUGACGUCAUGGAGAGGAACCAAAUCAAAAUGCUUAGAAGCCAAGAAGCCAAAAAAGUUUCAACUGAAUCCUCCAUGAACCCCGCAUCCAGAUCAGGACGAUCAGACGAAGAGAGGCCCACUCGCAGGGGUCCAAUCCUUAAGAAUAGAGUGGACUUUCUCAUUAGGAGGGAUAAAUAUCGCUGA